UGUGACAUUUACACACUUGUAACAUACUCAUUGAAUCUCAAACAGCUCUCAAUUUUUGUGCAUAUAAAAGAGUCCACACUUUGUCUUCCACUCAACCCAAAAAAUCUAAGUGAUAAGAAUAAAACUAAGUGAACUCAUCACUAUGCAAAAAUUAGGCACCCUCUUCACCUUAACUCUUUUAUUAAGCUUGUGUUUAACUUAUGCCUCUCGUUUUAAUCUUGGAUUUAAAGAUGUCUCUUCUCUACAUGAGGAUAUUGUUGGUAGCAAAGAAUCAAGUGCAGAAUUGGAUGAUGAGAGUUGUGAAGGAAUUGAAGAAGAACAAGAAUGUUUGACAAGAAGGACACUAAUGGCACAUCUUGAUUAUAUCUAUACUCAACAUAAACCAAAAAAUUAGUAAAAUUUAAUCAACCCUACCUUUGGAAACAAAAUAAUAGUUCAAGUAAAGCAAUAUAUGUGAUGUAAGCUAUUUUGUUUCAUGUAUAAAAAUAUGCUUAAUUUAUAUUUCAA